GCCUUUGUUCCAUCUUGUGAGUGGAACCCUGGGUUAACAUUCAAACUGAGGGGGAAAGAGCCAUUUGGUAACAGAGAGAGGGCAGGAGAGGUUGGGGCAGGUCUGGGCUGUAUGUCUGUGUGAGUUUGGCUGUGUGUUUAGUCUCCUCCUGAACCCUGGCUUCCUCUGUGUGUGAAUGGGGGUGGGGGGUGCCCCUGGGAGAGAUGCUGUUGUUAUGGAGCUCACAGCCUGGUUCCUUUACUGACUGCCUGGUGGUGAUGGGCCUGCUCUGGAACAGCACACCGCAAACCCCUAUCAUCUAAUCACACACACCAUCAUCCCUCUGCACUGACAUCACUACAGGAGCACAACAGAAAUGAUCCAUCCUCUUAACUUGAAAUAGCAGGAUGGGUCUGGACUUUGAUGUGAAAACAUUUUGUCACAACCUGCGUGCAACCAAGCCUCCUUAUGAGUGCCCGGUGGAGAGUUGUCGGAAAAUCUACAAAAGUUACAGUGGCAUUGAGUACCACUUGUACCACUAUGAUCACGACAACCCCGCGCAGCAGACACCAGUGCGGAAACCUAAGAAGAAGGGGCGUAACUCGCGGACGGGCACACAGCAGUCUCCGAACCCGUCGGAGAUCUCCCAGUCACCGACCCGGGAGUUGCUGACGUACGCUCAGGCACAGCGCCUGGUUGAGGUGGACAUUGAAGGGCGGCUGCACAGGAUUAGCAUUUUUGAUAAUCUAGAGGUGCUAUCGGAGGACGACACAACAGUAGAGGAUAUUGUUGAGUGCAACAGCAACAAGGAAAAUGCAGAGACUCCGACGGCAACCCCGAAAACCAACAAGCACAAAAACAAGGACAAGCGCAAGGACUCCAGCCAUAACACCAGUGCUUCUGCCACCAAACUGCCAGAAGUGAUCUAUCGUGAAAUUGACCACAGUGCAUCAGAUGCUCCUCCCCGCCCAUUGUCAUAUUACCGUUACAUUGAAAAGUCUGUAGAGGAAUUGGAUGAGGAGGUUGAAUAUGACAUGGAUGAGGAGGACUACGUUUGGUUGGACAUCAUGAAUGAGAAAAGGAAAAUUGAAGGAGUGAACUUCAUCCCACAGGAGGUGUUUGAGUACCUUAUGGAUCGGCUGGAGAAAGAAUCCUACUUUGAAAGCCACAACAAGGGAGACCCGAAUACGUUAAUAGAUGAGGAUGCCGUCUGUUGUAUCUGUAAUGAUGGCGAGUGCCAAAAUAGCAAUGUGAUUCUUUUCUGUGAUAUGUGUAACUUGGCUGUACACCAGGAAUGCUAUGGAGUUCCUUAUAUACCUGAGGGCCAAUGGCUCUGUCGUAGGUGUCUGCAGUCUCCAUCACGGGCAGUAGAUUGUGCGUUAUGCCCCAACAAGGGUGGCGCAUUUAAACAGACAGAUGAUGGACGAUGGGCACAUGUAGUCUGUGCCCUGUGGAUCCCGGAAGUCUGCUUUGCAAACACUGUUUUCCUAGAACCUAUUGACAGUAUUGAGCACAUCCCACCAGCUCGCUGGAAGUUAACUUGUUAUAUCUGUAAGCAGCGAGGCUCAGGGGCAUGUAUUCAGUGCCACAAAGCCAACUGUUACACAGCAUUCCAUGUGACCUGUGCACAGCAGGCGGGAUUGUACAUGAAAAUGGAGCCUGUACGGGAAACUGGUGCAAAUGGCACUUCAUUCAGUGUACGGAAAACAGCAUAUUGUGACAUUCAUACACCACCAGGGUCUGUGCGUAAGCCUCCUGCUCUUUCCCAUAGUGAAGGUGAGGAGGAGGAUGAUGAUGAAGGAGAAGAUGGGAAGGGGCCCAGUUCAGAGAAAGUGAAAAAGGCAAAAGCCAAGUCUAGGCUAAAAAUGAAGAAAGCUCGCAAGAUCCUAGCAGAAAAACGGGCGGCAGCACCUGUAGUUUCAGUACCCUGCAUUCCACCUCAUAGGUUAAGUAAGAUUACAGGUCGACUAUCUAUUCAGCGUAAGAGCCAGUUUAUGCAGCGACUUCACAGUUAUUGGACAUUAAAGCGACAGUCAAGAAAUGGUGUCCCACUCCUUCGGCGGUUGCAGUCCCAUUUGCAGUCUCAGCGAAAUGCAGAGCAGAGAGAGUCAGAGGAGAAAAAUUGUGCGCUGAAAGAACAGCUGAAAUCGUGGCAGCGACUGCGACAUGACUUGGAAAGAGCACGACUGCUGGUGGAACUAAUCCGUAAACGAGAAAAGUUAAAGCGAGAGGAGCUUAAGAUACAGCAGUUUGCAAUGGAGCUGCAGCUGACUCCAUUCCUCAUCCUUCUCCGUAAGACACUAGAACAGCUCCAAGAGAAAGAUACGGGAAACAUAUUUGGUGAACCUGUGCCCCUAAAAGAGGUUCCAGAUUAUUUGGAUCACAUUAAGAAACCAAUGGAUUUCCAGACCAUGAAAACACAGCUUGAGAGCCAUCAGUAUCGGACGUUUGACCAGUUUGAAGAGGAUUUUAACUUGAUUGUGAAUAAUUGCUUACAAUAUAAUGCCAAGGAUACAAUCUUUUACCGUGCAGCAAUCAGGCUAAGAGAUCAAGGAGGUGCAGUGUUAAAAUAUGCUCGUAAACAAGCAGAGAAAAUUGGCUUUGAUUAUGAAACAGGAAUGCAUGUACCUGAACCUGUGCCAUCAGAAGAUACGGGACAGCUCUUCUGGGAAGAUGAAGUGGAUAGACUGCUGGUACCAGAGAACAGGUCACAUAUGUCAUUGGAAGAACAGCUGAAAUUACUUCUUGACAAACUGGACACAAUGGGCUCUGCUAAGCAGAACAAUGGACGGUCACGUCGAGCUAAACUUCUGCGAAAAGAGAUUGCUAUGAUUCGACGGAAACUUGGUCAGCACAGAGAACCAAACGCAGGAUCAGACCGGCAUGGUGUACCGGGUCGUGGAUCUGCUGCUGGACUUAACCCAUCAAGUAAAGAUGGUCAGACGGACAGUGCUGCUGAAGAAAGCAGCAGCCACGAGACGGGGAAAGGUCUUGGCACUACCUCUUCAUCAGCUUCAGCAGCAGAAGUUGGUAGACGGACAAAAUUCCUCUUCACGGCAAAAUCCAAGAACAAAUGCGUUGGAUUGCCCAAACGUCCAGGGCGACCACCGAAGAAUCGUGACACUCAGCUCCCGCCAAACCAGGGAAGUAGCCCUCAGAAUCCAACAGCACCACAAACUCUGACCAGGUCCAGCCAACCAAGGAAACGAGGCCGGAGCCCCAGCACGAGCUCCGAAAGUGACAGUGACAAAUCAGCUGGAGGUGGCGCACACAUAGGUUUACCAACAAAUGGAUUUGAUGGAGGUAGUCAGCCUGUGAAUGAGAGUUUCCGUGUAUACCGGAAUGAGCGAAGUCUCCCACGUAGUAGUUCCGACACUGAGUCCAGUUCUAGCACGAGUAGCAGUGCAGCUUCAGAUCGCACCAGCACAACCCCCUCGAAGCAGGGACGAGGGAAGCCUUCUUUUUCCCGAGUGAAUUUCCAUGAAGAUAGUAGUGAGGACACUUCCUGUACAGAGAAUGAAUCUUAUCCCAUUGGAUCAAGCAGACAUGGACAUGGUGUGCGUAAAGGAUUAAGCCGAUCUACAGGCUGGAUGUCAGAUGACGAAGACAGUCCUUUGGAGUCUCUGGAUUUGGUCUGGGCAAAGUGCAGGGGGUACCCAUCCUACCCAGCUCUGAUUAUUGAUCCGAAGAUGCCUCGGGAAGGGCUGUACCAUCACGGUGUUCCAAUACCUGUUCCACCACUUGAUGUGCUCAAGUUGGGAGAACAAAUGACUGUGGAAGCUCGGGAACACCUCUACCUCGUUCUUUUCUUUGACAACAAAAGAACAUGGCAAUGGCUCCCUCGAACAAAGCUCGUACCUCUUGGCGUGGACCAGACCCUGGAUAAAAUGAAGAUGUUGGAGGGGAGGAAAUCAAACAUCAGGAAAUCGGUGCAGAUAGCAUAUCAUCGUGCCAUGCAACAUCGAAGCAAGGACAUGGGUACCAAAAUUGGUGGUUCAUUGGUGGAGAACAAGGACACCAAACAGUGCAAUGCAGAAGGAAGUUGUCUACCUGGAAAACGCAUUUUAUAUAAAAGCUCUGUCUGUUAACAGGUGAACAUGAAUCGAUGGCUCAGUCAGCUCAAGGUUAUGCCCUAGGCAAAUCCAUUGUAAAUAAUGUACAUUGUUAUGCUAAGGAUUUUUAAAUUAUUUUUUGUUUGUAAACAUCUCUUGACAUUUCUAGGCUUUCAGCAAAAAUACUUCUUUGAGUACAUUAAAAUGGACAUCAUGAAACCUUUUCUAAAUUUUUGCAGGUAAUUCUAGUGGGCAGCAAACUGGUGUUGUGUGAUAGCAGACACACCAUUUUAAACAAAUACAAUUAAAAACAACCGUACUACAAAAUACAAAAACCCUUUCAUACUUUGGGCUGGGAGCAUGGUACUCCGAUCCAGCAAAAAAAAACCUAGAUACUCCUUUAAUUUCUAGAAUGUUUUCAGUUUGUAUUUAUUUUGGAAGAAAAGAAAUCUAUCUGAUUCUUAGGAAAAUAAAUAAAUGGCUAUUUGAAAA